UUCCCAGCGUGCUCCGCGGCGCCUGGCUCAAUAUCAGCCUCUUAGCUGGGGGGAAGAGGCUUGGGGCAUGGCGGCGGCCGGCGCCGGGACUACCCGGCUGCUCGUGAUUCUGCUGAUGGCCGCAGCGGCUCCCAGUCGGGCCCGGGGCAGCAACUGCCGUGCCGGAGCCGCCUCGCGGGGGGUGGGGGCAGAUGGCCGCGAGGGUGAGGGCUGUGGCACCGUGGCACUGCUGCUGGAGCACUCAUUUGAGAUUGAUGACAGUGCCAACUUCCGGAAGCGCGGUUCACUGCUCUGGAGCCAGCAGGAUGGCACCUUGUCCCUGUCUCAGCGGCAACUCAGUGAGGAGGAGCGAGGCCGACUUCGGGAUGUGGCUGCCCUGAAUGGCCUGUAUCGGGUCCGGGUUCCAAGGCGAUCUGGGUCCACUGAUGACCUAGCAGCUGGUGGCUAUGUGUCUUCCUUUGUCCCUGCGUGUUCCCUGGUGGAGUCACAUCUCUCAGACCAGCUGACCCUGCACGUAGAUGUGGCUGGCAAUGUGGUGGGCGUGUCGGUGGUGACGCACCCUGGUGGCUGCAGGGGUCAUGAAGUAGAAGAUGUGGACCUGGAACUAUUCAACACCUCAGUGCAGCUGAGGCCACCGGGCACGGCCCCGGGCCCCGAGACAGCGGCCUUCAUCGAGCGUCUGGAGAUGGAACAGGCCCAGAAGGCCAAGAACCCCCAGGAACAGAAGUCCUUCUUUGCCAAAUAUUGGCAUCUCAUCCUGGGGGGGGCCGUGUUGCUCACAGCCCUGCGUCCUGCUGCCCCGGGGCCUGCGCUGCCACCAAUGGAGGCCUGAUGGAUGUACAUCAUUCCAGUUGUCCUGUUCCUCAUGAUGUCCGGAGCACCAGAUGCUGCUGGAGGCCAAGGUGGAGGCGGAGGUGGGGGUGGGGGUAGUGGCCGGUGAGCAGCUGUCCUCUCACCAGGGACUCCCUGCCACCCAGACACCCCUCAUGUCAUCCUUGGCCAUCUCAAGAAGGAGUUGCCAGACCCCUCCAGUCCCCCCAUCCCAUUAGGGUGGAAGGCUGCAUCUCCCAGAAGGCCCUCCCUCUGUUCCUGUUAGCCCAGGAGUGCCAGAAUGGGGGGUGCACUUCCCCUAAGCUCCCCUCAGACCCACUGGCUCCCCUUGCCCUGGUGUUAGUGUCCUGCCCCCUCCUAUCCCACCUUGCCAGGCGCGCUCUAGCUUCUGGGCCCGAGCAGCCCACUCCAAUUGUGGCAUCAGGAGAGGAUCAUGGGCUCAGCUGUUAGUCCCCAUCUGUCUAUGUCUACUACUCUAUAGUGACUGCAUUUCUAGCAGCUGUACACAACUGUUGAUUUAUGGCACAGCUAUGCCACGCAGGCUGUGUUGAUUUGCUGGGCACUUACUAUAGACUUUGGGAACACGAGAAAGUAAAGCUCAGCUGUGUUGUGUGGCCACUGAUUAAACUGCUCCUCAGAUGGCUGCCAUUUAACUCA